AUGGCGGCGUGUCCACGAUGGGUUUUUAAAACAUUCUUAUGUUUGAUCAAUUUAGGGAAUUUAUUGAGCCAAAAAUUUCACAAUAUCACUCGUAUCUAUCUAUCUAUCGAUCUAUCUAUCUAUCAAAAUAAUAAAUCGGUUCAUAUUUAUCAUAGUCGUUUCAUAUAUAUCUAUUUAUCAAAUUUGUUUUUAUAUCUUUCUAUCAAUACCAUUUCAUAUCUAUCUAUCAAUCCUGAUUCUUUCUUUAUUUCUAUCUAUCAAGGUCAUUUCAUAUCUAUCUAUCAAGGUCAUUUCAUAUCUAUCUAUCUGAUUCUUUCUUUAUUUCUAUCUAUCUUUAUCAAAAAUCGUUUCAUUUUAUUUCUGUUUUAUAUAUUUAUCAAAAUCCAUUUCAUAUUUCUAUCUAUAUCUAUCUUCUAUUUAUCAAGUCGUUUUAUCCAUCUCUUUUCAAAGUCGCUAUUUUUAUUUGUGCAAAUGUACAUGCCCGUGUUAUGA